AUGUUGCCGAAGAUCGGCUACACUGGUCUAAAGCGUCCCGACUCCACCCUAGACCGACCCAAGCCAGAACGAUUUGGAUACGAUGAUGAGUUGGGAAACAUAUUGUAUACACGAACAACCAUUCGAAGAGUGCUAGUAAUGGGCCUGGGCACAAUGAACAGAGCUGUAAUGGGAGAGGACGGGUCCGAUGAGUUCGUUCAAGCCCUCAGAGCCCAUCUUUUGGCGCGCGUGGUAAUCUGCGCUCUGCUCCACAAAGCAAGAUUGGCCAAUUCGCCUGAUGCUCUUCCGUUGGAGAUCAUCUUCGAGGAUCCAUACUACACGGAAUGGGACAUCAAAUUCUUACGAGAGGAAUUCAUCGUCAACCCUCCCGAACCUCACGGCCCACUCGUGAAUGUCCGCGCGAGUAAUGACGGAAGUGGAUGGAACGGAGUAAGGCAAGAUGAGAAUGCGUACGCGUUUAUUACGCUAAAUCUGACUACUCCGCUUCGACAAGUCCUCGCUGGACACACCUGGGGCGAGGGGACACCUCACGCUGGAUCCGCAAAUACGCCUCGAGCGAAGAAACCCAGUCUCAUCAUUUGCCGACCCCCAAACCAACAAUUCAGCAAGGACCAGAGUGAUACUCGUUUUAUGGAUUGGCUAGAGAAGUAUUCUCCCGGGAUGAAACUAUUCGCGGGCAAUAUAGAGGGCGUGGGAAGUCAAUGGGCUUUUUACUUGGAGUCGGACGACUGA